AUGUCUUAUCAGUCAAACGCAGCGAUAUCACAUGAUAUUACAAAUGGAGAGAAUGGAUUGGAUAAAAGAAAACUUUUUGAUCUAACGCCCUCUUUUGGAGACAUUGAUGAUGUCUACCUAUCCUCUGCAAAUUUCAGUGAUCUCGAUAGUAAUUCAUCUAUGUCGAUGGUCAUGUCGGAACGAGUCCAACGCAUAGCAUCUGGGAUCUAUCGAGAGUUUGAAACGAUGAUUGAAGCUUAUGGAUUACCAGUUGUUGAACGGUUAAUGCCAUUAAUAAUUGGUCUGUUGGAAAACUUGGAUGAAUUGUAUAAGGAUCAAGCUGCAUACCAUGCUGAAGUGGGACAACUAAGAGAAGAAAAUGUACACAUCUGUGAUCAACUAGCUGCCGAGAAGGCUGCUCGAAAACAGGCUGAACUACGUCUACUACAAACUGAAGAUACCUUUGAUGAAGAAAGGAAAGCAAAUGAUGCCAAAAAUGAAGCUUUAUCUUCAUCUUGUCGACAGAUUGAAUUGAAGCUACAAUUGGCUAAAGAUCAAGUAUCACGCUUAGAAGCUAAAGAACAAGAAUGGAAAAAGGAGGAGAAUCGGCUGCAUGAACGCUUAAAUGAAUUAAUACGUUCUAAUGUUGAAUUGACAGAACAAAUCAAAUUUGUUAAUCAACAGCAUAAUGCCAUCAUUGGUUCUGGUACUGGUGGUGGUGGUGCUGGUGCUGGUGCUUCUACGCCUAACAAUCAUAGUAAAAAUGCUAUGCAUAGAUUAUCAAUCACUUCUUCACCGCAUCAUUUAAUCGGAUCGAGGGAGACGUCCAUACAUUCACAGUCACCGGAUACUGGCUAUGAUGCAACUAGUAGUGGUUUCGGUUUCGAUGAAAUGCCAAGCACUGCAGAGCCAGAAGUUUGUCCAAAUGCUGAGGAUGAUUUACCUGGACAAACUAAUAGUAAGUGUUUAAUUAUUCUUCAUUAG